AUGUCCACCCAGAAGCAGAAGCGGCUUUUGCGCAGAAAACCUGCGGUGGUGGUGGGCACGCCUGGCCGGAUAUUUGCUUUGCUUGGGAUGGGUGAGGAGGAUGAUAAGUGCGAGUGGCUGAGGGAAGGCUUGAAGAAUGUGAGACAUCUUGUCCUUGAUGAGGCAGAUCGUUUGGUCGAGUCUGGACACUUCAAGGAACUGGACAAGAUCCUUGAGCUCCUGUACCAGUCCAUCGACCGACCUCAACAGUUGCAAACCUUCGUCUUCUCAGCAACUUUGACGUUGGAUCCUCGCGCACAACGUGGGGAAGAGGGAGCUGGCAAGGUCGGGGCUUUGAUGUCUCGAUUGAAGUUCCGGGAGUCCCGUGCUGUCUUCACUGUGGACCUGACGAAAGAGACCAACCAGUCCAGGGAUGAGGAAAAGGAGGAGACUAUGUCUAUUGCUCUUCAAGCCUUCUGGGACGAUUCACUACCAGAAAUGACCAGGAUAUACCAGCAACUCCUCGAGCCAAGCUACCAGAGACCCUAG